AUGGAGAAGGAGGCCACCACCGUGUACAGGAGGCACCGGCCAGGCGCUGGGGCUCCUCCUUUGGGGGUGGCCACCGGACACCCCAAGGGGACCAGUGAGGGGGCUGAACUGCAGAGGAGCCAGAGCAUGGGCAGCUUACACCAGAAGGGGGACCCCCCGAGCAGCAUCCAGAAGCCGUCCAAGGAGCUAGAGUCUGAAGAUCAGGGAAAGGACCUGAAAAGCAACGGCGAAGACCCCGUCUGUCAGGCAACCCUAGAGGAAGACAAGCAGGAGAAGAACCAGGAUGCCCUUGAAAAGCUGGACCAUGAGAGUGGAAAGCUGGACCGUGGGAGUGGAAAGCUGGAGGUUGAGAAGAGCGACUCAGAGGCCAGCGACCAGGAGGAGCAUGAAGAAGACAAGCACACACACAAAUGCUCCCAGGAGGCCAAGGAACAGGAGUUGGAGUCCAUAAAGCCGGAAGACCUUCUGGAAAAAGAGAAACCAUCUAUGUUUGUGGAGAUUGAUCUGGGAGACCAUGCUGAAGAGGUGGUCACAUGUGCCACGAGAGAAGAGAAGUGGUCCCAAAUGGACAUGGGGGAUUUGUCAGAAGAUGAGACCAGGACCAGCUGGGUGUGCUGCAUUCCAUACUCCACCAGAAAGAAGGUGAAGGAGAGUGUGUAACGGCCCUGGAGAAGGUUGGCCAGGAGAUGCAGAGGGACGCAGACAAGCAGCCCUGGAAACCCCACAGGAACCUGUUUGAAGGGCACCAAUGACGCGCGUGUGAAUCACUGACCCACUGGGUGAGCCAUGAU